ACAACAAAGCGCAAGGUCCCGGCCGGGGUUCUGGACUAGUGAUCAAGUAACACAACAGGUGACACGAAGUUUGCAAGAUUUCUGCAGGUUUUUGAAGAGAAAACAUGGCUUCUAGGAGUGCAGGGACACUCAUCACUACGCACAAUGCCACCUACACCCCGCCAGCACUCAUGCCAGGGUACAAGGGGCAUUGUCCCACCAUCAUGUUCCGGUAUGGGGACACCUACGGCAACACCACCAAGAAAUGGUUCCAGGACUUCCGAUCAGUCACCCUGAACAACAGCCAGACGCAGUACUCCAAUGGUGGUUCGUUUCCGACCUCGCUGUCCAAUGACCCGGCCCUGGUGCUGGGGAACCGCUCGCGCUCACGGGACCGCUGGCUGGCCGCGCCGCGCGUACGCCUGUUCAACGUGCAUCACGACGGCAAGGAGUGGUACAACAAGUUCGACAAGGUGUCACAAGAGCACCGUGAAUACUACAAGGACAAGACGGGGACAUCGAAGCGCGUGACGUACUUCCAUCUUCCAAUGAAGGCAGAGGACACCUUCCGCAAACUACCUCCCAUUGGCAUGGGGGCUCGUCCCGAGUCACGCACUUUCUCCCCGAGCAACUCGGUAUCCUGGUAACUGGUUUCCAUGGUAACAUACAGCUUCUACACGGCAGGCGGGACCCGGAGCACGGACAUCGACUUACCGGCGAUAAAAACGGUCGGGUCGCGCAAGAAGGCCGAGCUCAGCCGCUUCGCCGACAAAUCUUCGGUCAGGGAUCGCGCCAUGCGAGACGUAUUCUUCGAGCGUAGAUAGACAGGAAGCAUCUAUAUUUA